UACGAUCCCCAUAGUGCCCCGCGGAGGCUCCGCUUCAGCCGCCGCAAAGUGUCGCGGCUUUGGAGCGGCGCUUUACGGCUGAAGCUUGAGCUUGCUUUUCCGCCGCUUUGCCCUGCCCUCCUGAGCCGUGGGAUGUAACGUGCAGGAUGGGAGGUCGGUUGUGAGCCCCCACCGCCCCCAGCCGGACCGGGCGGGGCCCCCCUCCCCCGGGCAGGAUGGAGGAGGAGAGCAUGGAGGAGGAGGGGGGCAGCAGCAGCAGCUAUGAGGCCAUGAUGGACGAUCAGAACCAUAACAACUGGGAGGCCGGUGUGGAUGGCUACAGGCAGCAGCAGCAGCAGCACCCUGCGGGCCAUGCCCAGGCCCCCCUCGGGGACAGGGCCCUGCGGCUGCCCGCGGAUAGGAAGGGCCACAGGGGGCAGCAGCAGGAGGAGGAGGAGGAAGAGGCCCAGAUGGUGCCAGAAGCCAAUGGCCUGAUGAAGGGCUGUGACUCUGCAGGGGCUGCUGGCAAGGGAGGAGCCGUCGCUGCUGCCAUCAUCAACACCUCCACCUCCAAGUUCUUAAUGAAUGUUAUAACCAUUGAAGACUAUAAGAACACAUAUUGGCCAAAGUUGGACAGUGCCAUAGAUCAGCUUUUAACUCAGAGUCCUGGUGACUACAUCCCCAUCUCCUAUGAACAAAUAUACAGUUGUGUGUAUAAAUGUGUAUGCCAGCAGCAUUCGGAACAGAUGUAUAGUGACCUAAUAAAAAAGAUAACUAACCACUUAGAGAGAGUCUCAAAGGAGCUGCAGGCCAGCCCUCCAGAUCUGUAUAUUGAAAGAUUUAACAUAGCCCUUGGACAAUAUAUGGGAGCAUUGCAGAGCAUUGUGCCUCUUUUCAUAUAUAUGAAUAAAUUUUACAUAGAAACCAAGCUUAACAGAGACUUAAAAGAUGACCUUAUAAAGCUGUUUACGGAACAUGUUGCAGAAAAGCACAUUUACAGCCUAAUGCCUUUACUUUUAGAAGCUCAGUCAACACCGUUUCAAAUAACCCCUUCGACCAUGGCAAAUAUUGUGAAAGGCCUGUAUACACUUAGACCAGAGUGGGUUCAGAUGGCACCAGCUUUAUUUUCUAAAUUCAUCCCAAACAUUCUCCCCCCUGCUGUGGAAUCUGAGCUUCAGGAAUAUGCUGCUCAAGACCAGAAACUUCAAAGAGAGCUUAUGCAGAAUGGAUUUACCAGAGGUGACCAGUCACGCAAGAGAGCUGGAGAAGAGUUAACUUACACAGGUGGAGACGAUAUCAUUUCCCAAGUAUAUGAAGGUGUAACUCUCCAGCAGGGGGAGGAAUGAUUCCUUUCCAUGUGGACUGCUUGAAUACAGAGAAAAGGAUGGCUCAUCAGCAUGUGCAAGCUCCAGAGGGUACAGAUAAUGAAUAUACCAGAUGUGCUUUUAUUCCUAGCCAGAACAGACACUGGAGGAGCACAGAUGAUAUCCAGAGCCUCAGCUGGGGUCUGCUGAUAUUCAGGAGCUCAGUCACAAGUUAUACCUGGAAGAGGAGUUUGGAUUUUCUUCGUUAUGUAAUAAAAUGUCAGUUGCUGCUACACUUGGGAUAACUUUGAAAGACAUGACUCUUUGGUUUGGUCUCUCAGCAAGUUCUUAUUCUCUGAUUCCGUGAGGAAUGCGCCUUGAAAAACAGAUAAUUUCUAAGUGAAAAUUGGCAGCCAAAAUCAGCAGCUUCCUCCAAAAAUGUUAGAAUGGAAGAAUCUUUUUUGCACUCAUGUUUUUUUAUUAUGGACAUUCUUUAAACUAAUUAACACAUCAGUGUAUUAGUUUUAAAACUUCAAGGUAUUUUCUGAAGCUUUUACUUAAAUAAUAAGAAUAAAGAUUUGUUACUUUGCAGUAUUUAUUAUUCAGUACAAAGUGACAGCAGCUUUAAGAGUUGGUCCCUUCUAAAUAUAAUUCUGACAAUGAGUUUUUGAUUCCGGAUUUGUUUCUUCCAUCUGUUUUUUCCUAACUUCUUUUCCUUUUUUUGUAUGUUUUUUGACUCUGUGCCUUCAGCUUGUGCACUUGGCAACUUUACAGACCAUAUUUGGUGAAUGCAAAAUGUGUUCUUAAGGAAAAGCUUGUGAUAUUGUGAACAAAUAUGCUGCAAAGUCACAAGUUUCUCCUGCAUUACUAGGAUAUGAAUUUAGAAAGGAAGAAAAAGGUUGACCUGACAAUGUCACUGAUAGCCUCCUUCCCACUUUGUGUUUUUCAAGUGUUUAUUUAGUAUUAAUGGUGGGACCAACUCUUGUAGAAACAUCCCUCUGCCCCCUCCCCCCUCCCUUUUCUGGUGAGUUUGUUGGCCUCCAUAGUAAUUACAAUAGAUCAAUGUGAACUCCAAAAUGAAUGCAAUGCCAUGUUUUGUGUUGUUAUUUUGGAACAGUAGCUGCCACAGCUGAGAGUUGGAUUAUGAGCAAGAUUCUCCAGUCUGUUAAAUUAUGCGAUGUGCCCCUCUGGCAGCACUGAGCAGACUUAAACCUGCCGUAGUUGGUCAGUGGAUGACAGCACCCAUGCAGGGCUGCCGGAGUGGCUCUGACAGGCUACCAGCAUAGGGAGUGUGACUGGGGAAAAGGGAUAUGGCCCUGUAUCCAAACAGCCGGAGUGUAAGAUACACAGCACCGUUCAGGAUCAGGGAGAUACCAAGGUGAUGUAAUGCAUAUGUGCAUGCAUACACCCUCUUCUAGACUUGUGCCAAGCUCAGUUGGGCUGGUCCGGUAAAUCUGGACCUGUAUUCUUAAUCGUAAUGGUUAGGAGAUGAGUUUCAGUCAGCAGUAUGGGUAAUUGAAUCCAAUUAAUUUAAAUAGGGAGAGAAAUGUACUUGCAAAAGUAGUUUUGAUUCCAGAUUCCUUUUAUCAUCUUUAGUUAAGAAGAAAAAAAACCCCUUAGUGAUAUCAGAAACCUUUCUGAGCUGAGGCAGAAGUGUAUCCACAGUUCUGUCACACACGGCAGUCGUACCUUUAGAGAAAUUCUCUAAGCUUGCAUGAGUUGUCUAUAGAUUUCAGGAAAAAGCAACAUAUACAUGUGGCAGUGACAAAGAGUUCUUUUCUCCCAGCUUUGCUUUGUAAACAGACUGUAUUCCCUUCAUGUUUAAAUUGAGAGUCAGAGAUUCCAAAGCCAGAGGGGACUAUUGUGAUCAUGUAGUCUGACCUCCUGUAGAAGACAGGCCACAGAACUUCUCCGAAAUAAUUCCCAGAGCAGAGCUUGUAGAAGAACAUCCAAUCUUGAUUUAAAAAUUCAGAGAUGGAGAAUCCACCAUGACCCUUGAUAAAUUGUCCCAGUGCUUAAUUAGUUUCAUUGUUUAAAAUUUACUCCUUGUUUCCCGUCUGAAUUUGUCUAGCUUCAACUUUCAGCCCUUGAAAGAUGUUGUACCUUUCUCUGCUAGAUGAAAGAGCCCAUUAUUAAGUAUUUGUUCCCCAUGUAGAUACUCAGACUAUGAUCAAGUCA